CGGCGCUCAGGGCAGGUAAAUUAACUGAAACCUGAAAGACUAAAAAAAAGCAAGAGGAAGAAUGUUGAGGCAGACCUUAGGAGAUUGCGCUUCAUGUCGGUAGAAAUGGACAGCAGCAGUUUUAUUCAGUUUGAUGUGCCCGAGUACAGCAGCACCGUUCUGAGCCAGCUAAAUGAACUCCGCCUGCAAGGGAAACUAUGUGACAUCAUUGUCCAUAUUCAGGGUCAGCCAUUCCGAGCCCAUAAAGCAGUUCUUGCUGCCAGUUCUCCAUAUUUCCGGGACCAUUCAGCAUUAAGUACCAUGAGUGGCUUGUCAAUAUCGGUGAUUAAAAACCCCAACGUGUUUGAACAGUUGCUUUCCUUUUGUUACACUGGAAGAAUGUCCUUGCAGCUGAAGGAUGUUGUCAGUUUUCUGACAGCAGCUAGCUUUCUUCAGAUGCAGUGUGUCAUUGACAAGUGCACGCAGAUCCUAGAGAGCAUCCAUUCAAAAAUAAGUGUUGGAGAUGUCGACUCUGUCACUGUUGGUGCUGAGGAAAAUCCCGAGAGCCGUAAUGGAGUGAAAGACGGCAGCUUCUUCACCAACCCUGUUGAGAUCUCCCCUCCAUACUGCCCUCAGGUACGRCAGCCCGCUGUGAGCAGUGAUCUCCGGAUGGAGACGACUCCCAGCAAAGCUUUGCGCAGCCGCUUACAGGAGGAGGGGCAUUCAGACAGGGGGAGCAGUGGGAGUGUGUCUGAAUAUGAGAUUCAGAUCGAGGGGGACCACGAGCAAGGGGACCUCUUGGUGAGGGAAAGCCAGAUCACUGAGGUUAAAGUGAAGAUGGAAAAGUCUGACCGACCCAGCUGUUCUGACAGCUCCUCCCUAGGUGAUGACGGGUACCACACCGAAAUGGUUGAUGGGGAACAAGUUGUGGCAGUGAAUGUGGGCUCCUAUGGCUCUGUGCUCCAGCAUGCAUAUUCCUAUUCCCAAGCAGCCUCACAGCCAACCAGUGUUUCAGAAGCUUUUGGAAGUUUGAGUAAUUCUAGCCCAUCCAGGUCCAUGCUGAGCUGUUUCCGAGGAGGGCGUGCCCGCCAGAAGCGGGCUCUGUCCGUCCACCUGCACAGUGACCUGCAGGGCAUGGUACAGGGAUCUGACAGUGAAGCUGUGAUGAGCAACCCUGGGUAUGAGAGCAGUCCCCGGGAGAGGAGUGCAAGAGGUCACUGGUACCCAUACAAUGAGAGGUUGAUCUGUAUUUACUGUGGGAAGUCCUUCAACCAGAAAGGAAGCCUUGACAGGCACAUGCGCCUCCAUAUGGGAAUCACCCCCUUCGUGUGCAAGUUCUGUGGGAAGAAGUACACACGGAAGGACCAACUGGAGUACCACAUCCGGGGCCACACUGAUGAUAAACCAUUCCGCUGUGAGAUCUGUGGGAAGUGCUUUCCAUUCCAAGGUACCCUCAACCAGCACCUGAGGAAAAACCACCCAGGCGUUGCUGAAGUCAGGAGUCGUCUAGAGUCCCCUGAGAGAACAGAUGUGUAUGUGGAACAGAAACUAGAAAAUGAUGCAUCAGCCUCAGAGAUGGCCCUAGAUUCCCGGAUGGAAAUUCAUACAGUGUCAGAUGCUCCUGAUUAAGAUGGUAAAGAAGUGCACCCAAACAAAGCACAUUAAUCAAUGCAUAUUUGUGAUUUGCUUUGUUGUAAUCUUUGGUUUUCCCAACCAUCUGGAAAUCUCUUGGUCUCUUGGCAGUUUUUCUAAAGUUUCUGGAUGGAACACUUCAUUGUGUUUAUCCUUUCCCCGCCCUCUCUCCCCCAAGGAGCUCAAAGCAUGAAGGGCAACAUAUCCAGGGAAAACAUGGGCUGACAGUAUUCCUCUUUGGCUGAACUCUUAAUCCAAAAUCCUCCAGUGAGUUAGCUAUGCCAACUAGUUGACCUGCCAUUCUCUGCCAAGAGGCAUACUCUCUCUCAUUGUGGGCACUGACACCAGUGCAUUUCCACGGAGGGACUAGGAUGCCGUCAGCUGAUACAAAUGGGUAACCUUUUCUAAUUUAAACUUACUUUAGGGGGUAGUUAGACAAUUUAUAUAUAUAUAUAAUAAAACGAUUAUUAUAUAUAUAGUAUAUAUACAUUCUCAAAUUUGAGUUUAUUCUGGUUGAGGUGAAUGUAAGAGGAAUAUAUAAUUUAAUACAAUGUGAACAGAGCUUUUGACUCUGUCUCAUCCCUACCUAAUAUGUUACUUUUGCCCCUUUGUUUUCCUUACAGAAGAAUGUUAAUAGGUUUUCAUAUAUAUUAAUCAUUGUGUCCAAAAGCAAGCAAAGCAAAUCACAGUGUUCACAGCUCUGCUUCAUAACAAGUACAUAAACCAAAUGCCAUAAAAUUUCUUCAACUCUAGUUGGGAACCCUUUGGAAUUUUUGUUCGUUGUCUGGCAGGAAAGCUGGACGACCUGUGGUGCUGACCUUUUUACAUAGUAUAGUGUUAUAUUAGCCAACCCCAAAGGAGCAGUGGUUUUCAAGGUUUUUACCGGCCUACAAAUCUACCUUCAUUCCGUACUGUAGAAACAUACAUACCAGGUAACUAAAUCGAAUCACUCUCUACCAUGAGUUAGUCCUCGCACUAAAGGAAAGGGAUUUGUAGUUUUGUCUACAAAAUUCUCCAAGCAGUGUUGUGGUGUUUUUGUUUUCUUCCUCCUUUUUCUUUCCCUUUUCAAACAGCCAGUUCAGGUGCAUAGCAACUUUUUCUACAUGCAGUUCCCUGGGAAACUGCAGAACUUGGAAUUUGUACUUUUUGUAAAGCUAUACUCUAUGGGAAUUGCAAGCAAUAUAUCUAUCUUAGUAUUGUGUGUGCUAACGAGAGCCUCGGUGGCUCCCCCACUCUCUCAGUGUUUCCUGCUUAAAGAAACCAACAGUUAAAAGCCCUCUGAGAUACUCAGUGUGUCACCAAAUUUGUGUGUGUAUCACCAUAUUUUUGGUCACGUGGUGCUAUUUUUGUUAAGUAUCUUUUAGGUCAGUAUAGUUGUAGAAAAUGUGAAAUUUAAUGGUAGUUGUGAAUUACAGUUAUUUUCCUCUCUUUGGUUCAUAGCUUGAAGAGAGACCUCAAAAGCAUGUACGUGCUGGCAAACACAUUACUGUAUACCUGAUCCUGUUUGAAUAAUGUUCUAUUGGUAGGAAAAGUCUUCACUAUUGUGUUCACAUAUACAAACAGGCUUUACAAGAUCGCUUUGGUGCUGUAGACUCCAGCAGCGGGCAAUCCUGGAAGCAGCUUGGUGGUGAGUCUUGCUGCAGGCUGCCCUUGGGAUGUCAGCACUGCAGCCUCUGUCUGUGGACCUGGACUCUUGAGUCCACACUCAGCGCAUCUCCACAGGGGAACAGUGCUGCCAUCUAAGAGAGGAAUAGAAACAAAAGGCAGCCUCUGAGGCUGUGCAUUAAGGAAUGCAGAAAUGGACGUUUGCUGGUGUUCCAUGCUUUUUUGGCUCUUAAAAUACCAACGUAGAUUUGGGGAAUUAUUUUGGUUUGGGUUUUUUGUUUUGUUUUUAAGAAAAAAAAGUCAUUCAAACCCUUUGUGUGUAAUAGCCCGUGGGUGGUGGCUGUGCAGUAGCACCUCUUUAGCACACAGGACCUGUUCACGUGUGAACUGCUACGCUACACAUCAGUGUUAACUCCGAGUAGAUUACACUCUAAUCCUGCUGCUCCUGAGGAGCAGCUCUUGCUAAAUCGGGUAUAUAGUAUGCCUUUUUCCUCGUCAAACUGCCUAAGUGGGGGUUUGUUCUCUCCUUGAAGCACUUGUACAACUCCUGAUAAAGCCGCGUGCCUCACGGGGAGGCUGGACCCCAAGUGUUUACCCACUUAAAUGUGUUCUGGGGUUUCAGGUAAAUGUUUGUUGAUUUUUUUUUUCUUUAACAUGAAUAAGUUUGAUUUUGAUUUUUUUUUUUUUUAAAGAAUUGAAUGCAAAAAAUUUGUGUUGUAUUACAAAUUAAGUUUGUGACAAGAAAGACCCAAAUCCAAGGACAUGAGAGGUCAAGCUCAGGGAAGGAACCUCCUUUUCACUCAGGCUUGGGGCCUUCUGCAAGGCCUCUAGAGCUUUCUGCAGCAUAUGAGACAAGUUGGGAGGGAGAACACUUGGGGCAAGCACCUUUAGUGUCCUGGUUCUUGUCAUCAUGUCCGUCUUAACCUUAUUUACAUGAAGUUCUUGUAAUUGUAAAUUUGUUUAACUGGUUUGAGUUUACCAAAGAGUGACUUAUCCAAAAUUGUCUUUGACAAAAAUAUACAUUGCUUUGAUUGUACAGUUCAGGUUCAAACAUUGUCAUGGGACUGUUAAGGGGCAGAAAAUUGAUUGAGUUUCUCUCUAAUAAUCAUGAUUCCAUAAUUUGCAAGUUCCACUUGCUCCCAUUCCUAUUGCUAACACUUUACCCUUUCCACUGCUAGCAGUGUUAAGAAUGAAUUCUCAAGCCAUAACACAGUACUGUAAAGUUCCGCAGGGCUUCGAGGGAGGCAGCACGUAGGCCAGCACACAGCUGAGUAACCUUUCUGAGCAUUCGCACUGUCAUGCCUUCCAGUGUGCAUGACUGGUGAGAGGGUCACUCCACUCAGAUGGGGCAGCAGCAGUUAAUUGUGCCUUGCCACAUGAGGAUGUGCCAGGAGGAUUAACAUGACCCCAGAACAGAAACAUUCCCUCCCUGAAGUUCACGUCUCCACAGACGAAGUACGCUGUGUAACUCCUUAGAGCAACUCUUUUUGGAAAGCAAAGUCCCUAUUUCUGUACAGUUUUAGGUUAGGUGUUUUCAUUUAUAUCAAAUGCASAAAUCAAUUAAGAUAAAGUGAUAUGUGAAAAAAAUCUUUUGCAGUAAAGUAUAUCCGGAAUCCAUAAGGCUUGUUCAUAAUUGAGUCUCUUCCUGAGCUACCUUCUCAGCAUUAGACAAUGUGAAGACAGUGACAGCGUCCUUUCUAUCAAUGUUUAACCUGUUACUACAAACUGUGAAGACAAAGAAUUUUAUACUUGUACUAAUGUUUGUGGUUUUAAACAGUUUUUUCAUUCUAAUCAGUUCUCUACCCUCUAAUUUCUACUAAAGCUGUAAAUACAUUUAGAAAUUAUAUUUGUAAAUACAGUAUAUGAAGACAAGUUAACUUUUUGGUUAGUGGAAAGCCUCCCACCCAGUUGGCACUGCCUUAGCAGUUGUCUGAUUUUUUUGUGUGUUGUUUUUAGGUUUGUCCCCCCCCCCCCACUUUUUCUUUUUUUAAACAGCAGAAAGGAUACUGUCAGUUCACUGUUAAGCAGAAUAUACUGUAGAACUAAAUUGAUAAUUUUUAAAUCUUUCAGAGCAUAUAUCUCUUCUGAUGAAAGCAGUUAUAACCAACUCUGUUUUUCCCUUAGCCCAGACCAUAGCCUGCAUGUUUUUAUGUGUGGUUUUGUUUUUAUUUUUUGUUUUUACAGCCUAGACUCUAGGAAGAAUUUGCAGGAACACAAAACAAGGGCUGGGGGGAAUCAUCUAUGUGAAUGAGCUUUACUUUAAAGAGAUUGAUGUGUUUUAUUUUAACAACUUUUCUGUUUGUUACUGUGAUUUUUUUGUUGUUGUCGCCGUCAUCGUCRUUAUUGUUAAAUUCUAUAAUGGUUUCCUGUGAAGCCUCCACUGAAAGGGACUCAAAUAUGCAACACCUAAACUAUUUUCCAAGGGCACAUGCCCCUUGAAUGGUGCUUCUAGACUGGUCAGGGUUAUUUAUUAAAUUUUAUAUAUGAAAGUAUUGGGGAAUUAUGUAAAUUCUUUAUAUGAAACUAUCUAGUUCAUAAAUCAUAGAUUUCAUAUUACUCAGUGCAACUGAACUGAACGUUCAGAAAAGUCAUUCACAUUGUUCCAAAUUUGUAACGGUUAUCAUGUCACAUGCAUCUUUUUCAGUAAGUGCCAGAGUGUGUCUGCUGUUUCUGCCUUGACUUCUCAGCCCAGAAGAGAACCUGUUUUCUCUGGUUCCCUCUCUGGGUCUGGCACAGACAGGGCUAUUGUAAAUCUUGAUCAAGUCCCGGAGUCAGCCUUGCUUGGCACUCCGAGUAGCCGAUUCAGUAAACAGACCUCUUGCUGCCCCUCAGUGACAAGUAUGCUGUGAAUUCAACCUUUGGACUUGUGGCCUAAGCCUCUGGUUGCUGCCCUGACUAGAGUAAGAGGUAAACUUACCUGGUUUGUUUGAGAAUGACCAUUUUCCUAAUGUGAAAACCAUCUCUCUCACCACUUUUAUUAGUAGGGCUAACAUUGUUUUCCGUUAUAAAUGGUUGAGCAAUUUGAAUGACUUAACACAGUGUCAUUAUCUUGCAAUAUAAACUGGUAACCUCACAACUCCACACUUCAUCACCAUAUGAAGUAAAUGAAGCUAGCUAAGCGGAUGCUGUAUCAACUAGUAACUUGCCAUUAAGGAUUAUUUUAUAGCAUGGAUUUAAGACUAUUUAUUCAAAUGAUAUUUUACUCUGUAUUCAUUUUGUUUUAGAUUUGUGACAUGAAUAUUUCAGUGCUGCUUAAUUUUGUUCUGAAUUCUUGUUUCUUGCUUGUAAAUGGCUUUUUUAUGGUAUAAAGUCAAUGGAAAUUGCUGUUUGUAAAUAAAAAUGCUGCUAGAGCAA